CAGCGGUGUGUGUUACCUCCCCGGCAUGUUUAAUUCAUGGGGCAGGAGGAAGGCUGGCAGCAGGGGCCCCCUUGCUGCCCCAGCCCCUUGGCUUCCAGUCUCCCACUGUCCCAAAGUGGGUGCAGGCUGCGACCCCUGCUCCUGCUGCCUUCACAGCCCGACCCCGGCUGGGCAGCGGGGCUGGGGCAGAGCACGGAGGGCUGACCCCGCUGCGGGACAUCCCGGCGGGGCUGCAGCCCGGGGCCCCGGGAGUUGUCUGCCACAUUCGCUCCAGCGAGCAACUGUUUUGACAGAGCCAUUACUCACCCGUCAAGCUUUUGUUCCCGCUGCCCAGCGGUGCCUGUCUGGAGUCCUGAAUAGGAUCAAAUCCUGCAACCAGACACACACACACACACACACACGCACGCAGGAGCGCACGGCCGAGCUCGCCCCAGAGCCGGGGCUGCUGCGGGGCGGCUCGGCUCUCCCCAGUCCUCCCUCCGGAGCUUGGGGGUCUGCUCCCCACAUCCCGGGACCUACAUGAAGAGAUUCUACAUGAAGCUCUUGGUCCUGCUGGUUUGCAGCCUCCUGGUGUGGAGGGUGGGUGAGACGAGGUCGGAUGCUCCAGAAAAGUUGUCCCCGCUGGCUCCGGGAGCUCUCAGCACGAAGGAAAUCUUCCUGGUGCUCUCGCUGCACAACAAGUUGAGGAGUAAAGUGCAGCCCCCUGCUGCCAACAUGCAGAAGCUGGAGUGGAGCGAGGAGCUGGGGCGGCGUGCGGGGGCACGGGCAGCCAGCUGCCUGGAGGGCCCCGCACCGCCGCCAGCCCCGCAGCUGGGCUGGAGCGAGGCGCUGCUGCCCGCGGCCGCGGGAGGCUUCGGGGCCGUGCUGCAGCUCUGGUUUGCCGAGGGACAGCGCUACGACCACCGGACGGGGCGCUGCGCCGGCAAUGCCACCUGCCGCCACUACACCCAGCUGGUGUGGGCCACAGCGGGGCAGCUGGGCUGCGGCCGGCACCGCUGCCCCAGCCCCCAGGGCCCCAGCGAGGCCUUCGUGUGCGCCUACUCGCCGGGGGGCAACUGGGAGGUGGCCGGGACGCCCAUCCUGCCCUACAAGCAGGGACCCUGGUGCUCCCUCUGCACCGCUGGCCUCUCUGGCUGCUUCAAGUCCUGGGACUACAGCGGCGGGCUCUGCGAGGUGCCCAGGAACCCCUGUCGCAUGAGCUGCAGGAACAGUGGGCGCCUCGACAUGAGCAGCUGCCAGUGCACCUGUCCCCCCGGCUACACGGGCAGGUACUGCCAAGUGAGGUGCAGCGGGCAGUGCCUCCACGGGAGGUUCAGGAAGGAGGAGUGCUCCUGCCUCUGCGACGCGGGCUAUGGAGGAGCUGAGUGCGGCACAAAGAUCCAUUUCCCCUUCCAUGCCUGUGACGUGCGGAUAGACAGCGACUGCUUCAUGGUGUCCCCUGAAGCUGACACCUACUAUGGAGCCAAAAUUAAAUGCCAGGAGAAAGGAGCAAUGCUGGCCCAGAUAAGAAACCAGAAGGUUCAGGACAUCCUGGCUUUCUACCUCAGCCGCUUGGAGAUGGGUAACAGGGUGACAGACACUGAUUUUGAGACUGGAAACUUCUGGAUCGGUCUCACCUACAAGACAUCCAAGGCUUCCUUCCGCUGGGAUGUGGGUGAGCCGUCCUCGUUCACCAGCUUCGCUUUCGGGCAGCCAGACAACCAGGGGUUUGGGAACUGUGUGGAGAUGCAAGCGUCAGCCGCCUUCAACUGGAACGACCAGCGCUGCAAGACCCGCAACCGGUACAUCUGCCAGUUCGCCCAGGAACACAUCGCCCUGUGGCAGCGGGACCCCUGAGCUGGUGGCCCUGGGAAGUGGCCGGCGCUGGCUGCUGUGCUGAACCCGGGGCUCAGGAGGAGCCUGGUGCUGUGCAAAGCCCGGACCAUGGCUCAGGAGGAUCUCUGCACAGCUCACUUGUACAGGGGAUGAGGAGCUGAGGGGACCCAUGGCACUGGGACCUGGCAAGAAGGGGUGUGCUGUACGUUAGCAUCCCUGACACAGCAUCUUCUUCUGCCCCUCACCUGCCUCUGUCACUAUCACUCUGCAACACCGUGGGCAGCCAGGUGCAAAAGCAUCCUCCUCCAAAACUGGCAGCUGGGCUGUGUCUGGACUGUGGUCCCAGUGUUAUGAGAGGCCAAGGGGCUCUUUGGGGUUGCAGGCCUUGGCAAAGCUCAGGCAGGACCAAGCUCAGCUCUGAGCCAUUGUCCUGACCUGGGUGAGAACACCCCAGCCUGGUGGGUUUCUCACUCUCACCUGGUCCUUCAUCAUCUGCCUGGUCAUUAAUAAAGACCCUCUCUCCUUUGGGAAGA